AUGUUUCGGCCGACCAACGGACGUUUGGACAUGCAACCCAACCAACGGCGACGCAAGGAACACGUAAGUUUGGUUGAAAAAAAAAAAAAAAAACAUAAAUGUGCACGAUUGCGAGCGAACCUUGAUCAACCUCCUGCACAAAAAUCCUCCACUGAACACGGACUGGGUCACCCGUAUUGGGUAUGUCUAUCCUUUCCGUACACAACCAAAACAGGCAAAACCAUGCGGAAUGGAGCGAUGAACUCGUUCUUCGUUCCAAAAAAGUAUUUUGCCCGUUGGUGGGUACGUUUGUCCUGCGUACCAAGUAAUUAG